UGUCCCUUAUUCCUACAAUAGAAAAAUGCCAUUAACACCAUUAUCAAUCUCUCUUUAAAGGGUUCUCUCAUCUACAGAAAUAUUGAAGAGAGAGAGAGAAAGAGAGAUCUAGAGAGAGAAGAGUUAGGAAUAUGGGGAGAGGAAAGAUUGAGAUAAAGAGGAUAGAGAACUCGAGCAACAGGCAGGUUACUUAUUCAAAGAGAAGAAAUGGGAUCAUGAAAAAAGCUAAGGAGAUUAGCGUUCUUUGUGAUGCACACGUUUCUGUCAUCAUCUUUGCUAGCUCCGGCAAGAUGCAUGAAUUCUGCAGCCCUUCUACUACGUUAGUUGACAUGCUGGAUCAGUACCACAAGCUCUCUGGUAAGAGGCUCUGGGAUGCAAAACAUGAGCAUUUGGACAAUGAAAUCAACAGAAUCAAGAAAGAGAAUGACAGCAUGCAGAUUGAGCUCAGGCAUCUGAAGGGAGAAGAUAUCACAACUCUGAAUUACAAAGAGCUGAUGGUCUUAGAGGAAGCACUCGAAAAUGGGAUUUCCACUCUCAAAGCCAAACAGAUGGAGUUUGUGCGGAUGAUGCGAAAACAUAAUGAAAUGAUAGAGGAGGAGAAUCAAAACCUCCAAUUCAAGCUGCUGCAUUUGGAUCCGAUGGAUGAGAACGUGAUCGAGCCGCACGGACUAUACGACCAUCAAGGUGUUCCAGACUACGAAGCUCACCAAAUGCCGUUCGCCUUUCGUGUGCAGCCAAUGCAGCCGAAUUUGCAGGAGCGUUUCUAAUCAAUUAAUUCCGCAAAUUAUCAAAUCAAACCACCCUUUUGUUCUGAUUUAUUCAGAAAACUAAUAAAUAAAUAAAUAAAAACUUUAUAUAUUAUAUGAGUAGUUAAUGUUUGUGAUGUUUAAGGAAGGGUAUUAUUGUAAUUGAACUUCCUAGUAGUAUGUUUUGUGGUGUGGUUGGUUUUUGUCCAAACCAUUUAUCCUAGUAUGCUUUGUCAUAAGCUUACAACUAGGGUUUCUUAUGUUUGACUGCAUUGACUUUGAUGGUCU